GAUAAAUAUUUAAACAUUUGUUUACCGUUAGAUCCCAAAAUAUUUUACUGUACAUCUAACGUCCAUCUACGAUCUCGCCAAAACAUUAGGUGAAACCUUACCCUUCGAAUUCGAAGUAAAGUUUCACCACCUAGAUCUAUAUUCUAGAAGUAGAUCUAGACUCUAGAGCUUUUUACAAUUACUUGUUGAUGAGGACUGAGAUUCUAUAUAACUCAAGACUUGUUCAACAUGAGAAAAGAAGAUCAACACUUUACAGCAAGUAGGAUGGAUAAGCUUAUUGUUGGUUUGCACUUGUAUUCAUCGCAGCACUGAUCACAGAAAUGAAUGUUUUGAACACAGGCAAAUAAGAAAUAAUGAACAAUAGCUUAUCUUUCAUUAAAUUCUAAAACAAUUUCUAUGUUGCUCUUCUUUUUAGACAUCUAAAGUUGUAUCAUUUAUGGAAUCUUCUUUAACCUCACCUCUCAGUGAUACCAAAGUAAGUACAAGAAAAACUAAAAGGCAAUUAUUGCUUGUAUGUAUUAUGUGUGGCUAUGAAGUGUGCUCAAAAAAGCGCCUGAAGCAUCACCUGUCUAAACACAUUCAGUGUAAAGGGUCUUCCCCUAAACUUGAAAGUAGCACAAAACAAUUUACCAGUGAUAAUGAUCAUGAUAAUAAGUACACUUGCACCUUGUGCAAUAGCAAGUACAAAUACAAACCUGGCCUUAAUCGCCAUAUGGAAAAACAUGAGGAUUGUAUUUACAAAAUUUAUGACACCAGGAAGCUGUCUGUGAAAAAAAUAAGACAUGGGUUCAGUAGUGUCAAAUUUAUGAUGGAAUCUGGCAAAAAAUUUGAAUCAGAUAAACCUUUUCGGUGUGAGUUGUGUGGUCAAGGAUGUACUACUAAAACCAAAUUAAAACGACACUAUGAUAUUCAUAACUCGGAUAUCAGGUACUCGUGCAAUCUGUGUGAUUAUUCUACAAGUCGAAUUGACACUCUGUCAACCCACCAAAAAACACACACUCAGCUUAAAAACCACACUUGCCUGAAAUGCUACAAAAAGUUCAAAACCAUCAAGUGCCUCAAGUCUCACGUCAUCACUCACGCUUCUAUUGGAAAACUUGAGUGCCCUGUGUGUUUGGGAAUUCUGCCCUCACUGUCCAAAUUUAAAACUCACCUCAAUCAGCACAAAAAUGAUACACCGCCAGAGCAGCUGAGACUUCCUCUGCUAAUGAUGAGGGAGAAGCUGGAUGAGCUCUAUCAAAGUUUCAUCACCGACUGCCCAGGUUUGAACACACUGGCUAAGAGAGACAGAGUGUUUCCUUGUAGGAGUCGUUCUUACUUGACUAGCACAUUUCUUUGUAGCAUUUGUGGAUAUUUGACUAAGAAGAAAUGCAACUUUCUGGUUCAUCUGUUGGUGCAUGGCCAGGAGCGGCCAUACAAAUGUGAACAUUGCAUGUAUAGUUGUAAGUCCAGAUCCAACCUUAACAAGCAUAUUAAAUUUUAUCAUCAUUCUAACACUAUCAGACGUUUUACUCGUAUACCCAGAAAAAUAUCUCAUUAAUGAGCUUAUUGUUGUUAUACCAAUAUGUAUUUAUUUAUCUGAUAAUUGGACGAAUUGCUUGAGGCAACCUUGUUUGGUUUAAAUUUUUAACUUAGGAAAUGUUUUGUUUUUUAAUGUUGAUUUUUGAUUAAAUUUUAUUGAAUCAAUAAUGUAUUUAAUUUCUUUAUUGAAAUAUAUCUAUAUGAGUAAAAAAAAAAGUUCAUUUAUACAAAUUCAUGAAUUGUAUUAUUUGUUUUAAGGGCAUGACUUGGCCUGAAUUGUGCUGAUGUGCCAAAAAUGUAAAACUAAAACCAAACUUAAUUGUUUUAAUUUUUCAUUCUAGUUCUUUUGAUUUUAAACCAUCUUUGUGUUUAUCAGGCUAUGUUCCAUUUUAAACAAGUUUUGUUGUUUAAAUUAUUUCAUUCAUUCUAAAGCUGUGUUACUCGUGAUAUUUAUUUUUUUAAAAUAAACUUUGACUCAAACUGAACA